AUGGCGUACAACAGACCUUACAACCCGGACGAGCUACCCAGGUUUGCGGAGCCCGAACAAAAAGGUGGUGUUAAGUCUCCAGUUGCUGGCUCGGCGCCCUCCUCGCGAUACGAGAACAAACCGCCCCCGCCACGCCCCCUCGAGCAUAGGAGCAACUCGGAACGGCACGCCGCCCAACAGCCGGGCGGCCGACUAUCUCCAAGACAGCCUCCGCCGCCCGAUCGUUACGGGAUGAGCCCACCCCCUACUGCCACCACGGCCAGACCGGCCCACCACAACCUCCCGCCGGCAAGCUCACGGCCUCCGCCGAGCCCAUCCCCGCGCGAUGGCUCCGCCGAUCCUACAUUGCUACCGCUUUUCAGAGCCGUGGACAAAGAUGGCACCGGUCAGCUCUCCGAAAAGGAGCUCUCGGCUGCGCUCGUCAACGGCGACUGGACGGCCUUCGACCCACAGACGGUGCGCAUGAUGAUCCGCAUGUUUGAUAGCGACCGCAGCGGCACCAUCGGCUUUGAAGAGUUUUGCGGGUUGUGGUCAUUCCUGGCUUCGUGGCGGACCCUCUUCGACCGUUUCGACCAGGACCGAUCUGGCAACAUCAGCCUUGACGAGUUCAGCAACGCGCUGGUCGCCUUCCGCUACCGCCUUAGCGAUCGCUUCGUCGAACUUCUCUUCCGCACCUACGACAAGCGCAAUGAGGGCGUCAUGAGCUUCGACCUCUUCGUGCAGGCGUGCAUCAGCCUCAAGCGCAUGACCGACGUGUUCAAGCGAUAUGACGACGAUCGCGACGGCUACAUCACCCUGAGCUUUGAGGAUUUUUUGACCGAAAUUCUCCGCCAGUUGAAGUAG